CUCCAAACUAAGUGCAAACGGUGAAGACUAGUAUACUUGCUGAAACUUCGGAGGUGAUUUAGAUCCUCUACAACUUUCCCUAUAUGGUAAUUAAGGUAAGUAUGUAUGUAGCAUAGGGAGAAGUUGGGCAACACUUGCUUCUCGUUCAGCGGCCGUUCUAGAUCAGUAACGGUUCUCGUCCAUUAGCUCUUCUCUUCCUGAAUCAAUUUUCAUCUUGCAAAAACCACCACCAUCAUGGCUACUGUGAUAAGGUGCAUUUUGGCGUUGCUUGCCUUGCCGCUAGCAGAGUGUAAGAUUACACGACGAUACAACUUCACAAUCUCGAACGUAUGGAACACCGGAGACGGUCAUGGGCGACCUGUUUUUGCCAUCAACGGUCAGACUCCAGGUCCAGUUAUCGAGGCCGACGAAGGCGAUGAGUUUGAGAUCUUUCUGGAUAAUCAGCUCACGUUCGAGACGACUAUGCACUGGCAUGGAAUUUACCAAAUUGAUCGGCCUUGGAAUGACGGUGUACCUGGAGUGACUCAGUACGCGGUCCAAUCCAGAGAUAAUUAUACCUACCGUUUCACCGUCCAGCAGCAAUAUGGCAGCUACUUCUACCAUGGGCAUUUCGGUCCUUCCUUUGCAGAUGGCAUGCGAGGCCCGAUCUGGAUCAGACCUGCGGAGUGGCGGCCACGCCCUUACAGCUUGAUUUCCUCGCUGCCCGCCGAUAUUGAGGGAAUGCGAGCUGCUGAAAAGCAGCCUCAUCAUAUAAUCAUCAGUGACCGGAAUGCAGAGCCAAUGGACAUUGUCAUGUACCGAGAUGCCGGCAUUGUUCCCUGGUGCAGCAACUCCCUAGUUUUGAACAGCAAAAGCCGAACAUACUGCCACUCGAAGGAAGUCCUCGAGUCGGUCGGUGGGCCGGGCCGAAACUCGCUGGGAUGUCUGAUGCAGCCUCGACAGCUGGAAUUCUCGAAUGAGCUGGUGUGCGAGGAAACACACACGCCUUUGGAGGUUGUCCAAGCUGCAGACGGACAGGAAUGGGUCUGGAUUAAUUUCAUCCACUCUGGCGCACAUCAUGAGAUUCAAAUCAGCGUCGACGAGCACGAGUUCUACAAGGUGCACGCUGCAAACUGCAACCUUGGCGAGCGCAUCAGCAUCCUGGUCCACCUUAACAAGAAGCCUGGCGACUAUUGCCAUCCGACUUACCUCGCUUCGCCGGGAGCAAAUCAUCCAAGGCCUGAGCCUUGGGUCUUCCUCAACGGAACUCUCGUCUCCCCCUCCCUAUUCCGCCAUGGACGAAACAAAGCUCGCCCCCUUCCCGCGCGCCCUCCGCCCCAAACUAGUGACACAACGCUCAAAUUCUUUGUCGAGAUGCUAGGCGCCUCUACCUGGGCUCUCAACAUCGGCCCACACCAAGCCUUCCGCCAACAAUUGCCGCCCGUCCUGUGGAAGAGAAGUCUCGCGGCGACACGACGCCUUCAUCAUCGGGAGGGGCACGGGUGGUUUCCCUAUGACACCGUUGAGCAGGCCCUCAAGGAGGGUGACCUGGCGGACAACUUUAAUUUUGUGGAUCCGCCGAAUCGCGAUGGGUGUCGGCUGGGUAACUCCACAGGCGAUUGGACCGUGAUUCGGUACGAGAUUUCCUUCCCGGCAGCUAGUAUGCUGCAUUGCCAUAUGAUCCACCAUUUCGGACGGGGCCAACAAUUCAUAUUGGAGGGCGUUGAGUCGAUGCGCACCAAUCCCUGA